AUGGACCAUUAUCUGACGACAUACAGGAAAGACUACCUGUGGCCCAACCUGCCUCAGACGACAGCUAGUUUGAAGGCUGGGCAAGGAGGCGCCGAUGGAGCUGGUCGGGGCGAAUACUCUACGACCUCCUCAACCUUCGUAGAAUGGUGCAGCCUGGACACGUACAGCAGCGUCGUUGGAAUAGCUGGACGCAGCAGCAUAUUGGGCCCCGCCAGCGCAAUCACUGAUGGUGUUGUUGGACACCUCCAGCUGAAGCUGCAUCUCAGCCUGGCUUUGCUUAAGGAGUGUGAUAUCCUUCAGCAGCCUGGUGACAUCUACGUGGUCGAACGUGACGGGAGGAAGCUUAUGCAGGUCCUUCGCCACGAAAUCGGGCACGUCAUCCGGGUCGGUCUCCUUCAACAGCGUGACGAUGUCCUGGAGACUCUUCUCUGUGCCAUCCCUUCGACGAGACGGCAUCUGGCUAACUUUGCCAAGAGUAGUGAAAAGCAGCAGUUUAGCACUGCUAAUCUCAUCUUCCUUGAACGACGCCUUGCAGAUCUGCAAGAUGCUAACCUCGUCCAUGUAAUCUAUGGCAUGGACACGCCGAAGCUAACAGGCCAAGAACUAGCCUUCUACCAAGCAUGCGUGCAGCACACUCGGCCGCCGGACUGCCGCUGCCCCCAGUACUCCGGGGGGGAGAUGCCACAGCUACCACCAGGGAAAGAGGGGGGAUGGAGCAGGAAUGAGAUCAUGGGACCGAUGUUAGAUCCUAAACUGUAUCCCGUGCGAGUAGCUGCUGCUCCUGAAACCCCUACGUCACGGUACAACCAGCCCAAUGCGUUCUUGGAUAAGUUACAAUCGAAAUACCCGAUGCUGUACAGCAUUCUGCAGAACGAAGCAUCUCCAGAGUUGAAGCAGAGAAUAGAUAGGGACCGUAACAAGACCACGUACCAAGUGGAUUACUGUGAAACUGGUCCUGGAGCCAAAUUCGAAGGUCUUCAACGUGCAGCAGAUGAGAGUGGCACGGGCCCCUGCGCGCAGCCCAUGCGCCUACCUGGGGACCCGUGCCGCGUGGGGCCCAAGCCGGGUAAAGCGGCGCCCAAGACCAUCUCGAAGCAAGCUGGUGCCGGUGCUGCUAGUGAUCCGAGAGCGAAGUGCGAAACAACAUCAGCGGUACCACCCCUCGGGCGCACGGAGUACCAGGACGGCGUGUCGAAACUCGGCGCCAUCAUCAUGCGAGACAAACUGCAUCGGAGGUAACGCGGGACCACGGGAGUGCAACAAUCAGCAAAUGGAGAACAAUCAUGGAUUAAAC